UGCUCAUUGUGAAGGGUGCGAGUUGAAAAAUGGAAGAUCAAUGCGCGCUUAAAAGCAGGAAAACAAGGUGAGAGGAUUUUUCUGUGCGAGAUUUGUGGUGGGGGAAUCGAAUGAAAUCGACAAGACGUACAGGAGGGCGAAAUAGUAUUUAUAGGGCAAACCACGAAUCUCGCUUUGUAGCACGGAGUGUUUGCGGGACAGGACGAAAAAGGCGGGUGUUGAGGGGGCGAGGGGGGGUCUGCGACCCCGUAUUCGGAAGGCGGCGGCGCUUGCCGAUCGCCAAGGAUGCCGAGCAAAUAGUGUGGAAAUGCUGGACAAUUGCCGCUGCUUAUUGGCCAAUAUUUGUGAGCCAUUUGCACUGGGUUUUUUUUGGCUCGCCUUUUGGUUCCGGCUGUUCUGGCCUGGGCUGCUGCGUGUUCCUGGGCAGGCAAUCAGCGGGCAGCGAGCCUUGCGUGAUGACUGUCAGUCGACAAAGAGUUUUGGAUCACUCGACACUGCUGCUGCUGGCAGAGUCGGGCUGGCUGAGGAAUCCGAGCACGGCACUGUGCACUCGUCCGAGGUUUCUCUCUCCCCACAGCAGGGUAGUCGACCAUUGGCGAGGGGGUACUUCUGCAGCCCGGCUGCUCGAAACUAAAAGCCACCCAGCCAGGACCGUGUCGGCGGGUGACGCAGUGCCGUCUAGAGGGCGAGCAGGUGGGUGAAAGAGGGCAUUCUGAAGGCGCGCUCCACGGGCCGUACUGGCAAAACUUCUGCCCCAUUCUUCCAGCGCCCGUAUCACCAAGAAAAGUU